CUUCGCUACAACUCCCCGUUUAUAAAACACAGCCUCCAACGCCGCAGCUCAUUUUGCUUCUUCUUGAUCGUCAGGACCAGAGCAUCCUCCUAGGGUUUUUGCCAUCUCAUCACCAGCCAUGGGUAAGGGAACAGGGAGUUUUGGUAAAAGAAGAAACAAGACCCACACGCUCUGCGUGAGGUGUGGCCGCCGCAGCUUCCAUCUUCAGAAGAGCCGCUGUGCCGCUUGUGCCUACCCUGCUGCUCGCAAGAGAACUUAUAACUGGAGUGUGAAGGCAAUCAGGAGAAAGACUACCGGAACCGGACGCAUGAGGUAUCUGCGCCACGUCCCCCGCCGAUUCAAGACCAACUUCAGAGAAGGUACUCAAGCAGCUCCAAGGAAGAAGGUAGCAGCUGCAUCUGCUUGAGAGGCUUUGGUUUUGAAGAGGGAUACUCUUUUUAAUUGUAGUUGCUGUUUUGUUUUUCAUUAAAUUAGUAUCGGAACAUAUUAAAAUUUUUGAGAGCAGCAUUUCAGGGGACUUGUGCCCUUUUGAUUGUUGAGCAUUGUUACUUUCCGUUAAAUGUACUAUUUUGGUUGGAUCUUUGAUACGAAUGAAUGCGUCAUGAGUGACUAUGGCUAGCUGGAGUCCCAA